GUCAAGUCGGAAUAAUGCAGACCUGCUGGAAGGAUUUGACUGAUCCGACGGCGGUCGAUGCUGCUGUGUACUGUGAAUUCACGGGCAGGGGCCGGCGGAAUCUGAUUGUUGCAAAGAGCUCGCUGUUACAGAUCUUUGACGUUUUUGACGAGGAGCGGGAGAUUGCGGUCGAAGAGGAGACUGAGAGGGAAGAUGUUGUAUUGCCAGGGAGAGGUGAGGGCGAGGAGCAGGGCUUCUUGAAUGAUGUACACCUCCUACGAUCCCGACAAGAUCGCAUUUCUUCGCUUGUAUUUGUCGCAGAAUUUCAUCUCAACGGCACAAUCACUUCUCUAGCAACAAUACGCACGAUAUCCCCCACUACACCAGGUGCGGAAUCUCUUCUGAUAUCCUUCCGCGACGCGAAAGUGUCACUGGUGGAAUGGGAUGCUGCGAACUACAAGCUGCAGACGGUCAGCCUUCACUACUACGAGCAACAUUCUCAUCAACAGCCAUUCACGCCUCGAGGUGACGAAACGGACUCAAGGUUAUAUGUCGAUGCGACCGGUCGAUGCGCGACGCUCAACUUUAACCGCGACAUGCUGGCCAUCAUUCCCUUCCGACAAGAGGACGAUGAUCUGCUCGAGGAUGCGCCAGAUGGAGAGCAACAGUCCGAUAAGCCAUACCUGUCAUCAUUUGUCCUUCACGUGUCUACGCUCGACGAAGCGCUUAGCAAUAUUACCGCCAUGACUUUCCUUCACGGAUACCGAGAACCUACGGUCGCGCUCCUGUAUACUCCACAUCGCACCACGACCUCUCUUCUCGAGCAUCGAAAAGACACGAGCAUUGUCUCUGUCAUCACGCUCGAUAUCUCAUCCCGCGCAUCCUCAACCAUCUACACCAUCAACAAUUUGCCUUACGAUAUCCACUCCGUUCUUGCGUUACCAACGCCCGUCGGUGGUCUCCUAUGUAUCGGAGCGAACUCUCUGGUAUAUAUCGAUUCACAGGGCAGAACAUCCGCCCUCGCCGUCAAUGGCUAUGCAGCGGAAACUUCCGACUUCACGUUCGUCGACGAGAGCGCACACAGCCUCAGACUAGACGGCGCCGUUGCUGUUCCGUUAGGUGGACCUGACGUUCUGGUGGUUACAAGGCAAGGUCAUUUGUGGAAGCUGAUCAUGGAAAUGGACGGUGCAAGGGUCGUGAAGAUGCAUCUGGAGAAGGCGGUUGUGACGGGUGAUCUCUUGAGAUUUGCCGGUGCAAGCUGUGCUGUUCAAGUAGGAGACUCCCAUGUUUUCCUUGGGAGCCGGGUCAGUGAUUCGAUUCUGUUGGGUUGGAACAGGAAAGGUGAAGUCAAGAGUGAUAAGCUGGCAGUGAAAGCAGAAAUUAAGGAUGAGGAUGAGGAUGAGGAUCUUGACGAUCUCUAUGGUGAUUCGUCCGCAAAUCCUGCACAAGAAAAGAAGGCACAGAAGGGCGAGCAUGUCUUCUCCCUUCACGACAGCCUAACGAAUUGCGGCCCUAUCCUCGACUUCACCGUUGGUGAGCCUCUGUUCGCUGAUCCCGCACAGGCCCGGCGUCAGGCUGGCAUUACGCCAGAACUCGAACUCGUUUGCGCUACGGGAUCUGAUGCGUCGGGCGCCCUGACGGUGAUGCGGAAGAGCGUGAUGCCUAUCGUGGAGAUGGGCUUAGAGUUCAAGGGUGUAAGGGGAUUAUGGACAUUGAAGGCAGCUGAUGGAAGUGACAAUUACUUGGUCAUUGGCGGUGAGGAGACGAGUAUGGUCUACGAUGCGUCCCAAGGUUUGGACGCAGUGGAGGGAAGUGACUGGGAAACUGAAGAACGUACGAUUGCUGUCGGUGGCGUAAUGGGCGGAUUGGGUAUCGUUCAGGUUGGCGAGAACGUGUUGAGGCUGUUUGAUACCCGUUUGAAGUUGAUGCAACUGGUACCUGCGACCGAGGAGGAGGGGAGUGAGGAUGCGAUUAUCCUUUCAGCUCAUUUCACGGAUUCUUAUGUCAUGGUUACCCUUGACAAUGGGAAGUUGGUUACGUUCAAGGUAAACGGGAAGAGUCAGGAGUUGGAGGAGAUGAAGAAACCAGAAGCGUUGGCGAAACCCGAGGUCGUGGCAGGUGCGCUUUUCGCCUCACGAGAUCCGAUGUUCGACAUGGGUGCGGAUGUGAAGAAGGAAAAUGAGGAGGUGAAGGCCAAUGCAGGGAAGAAGAGGAAGAGGGAGAACGACAAUGAAGAGGAUGGCGUCUAUGGUGAUGCAAUUUCGGCUGCGAAGAACGCAACUGGUGUAGAGAUCGACGAGAAGAACGUGUCUGUGCUGGCUGAGCAGAAUCCCGAAGGUGUGUUGCGGCAGUUUUCCUAUGUCGUCACCGCAAACGGUGCUCUGCAAGUUUACCAGCUCCCGGAAUAUACGCCAGUGUUCGAGUGUCCUGGAUUCGGAGGACUACCCGCAACGCUGGUGCAUGAUGAAGGUGAAGCUGCCACGGAAGGCGAUGAAGGUAAGGUUGUGGAGAUCUUGGUUACGGAUAUGGGUGAUGAGAGGAAGGAACCUCAUCUACUGGCAAGGACACUACGGAACGACAUUGUCAUCUACAAGCCUUACCAGCACGAAGGAAAGCUUCGCUUCACGAAGGUGCCGUGCGAUGCUGUGACGAGACAACCGAUUCAUCCCGACACAGUUAUGGAUGGUGUUGAACAAAACGAAGGUGUCGACUUGAAGCAAGCAAAGGUGAAGCAGAUGGUACCGUUUGAGAACGUUGCCGGGUAUUCCGGUGUCUUCUUGCAAGGCAAGGCGCCCUCAUGGAUUAUCAAGACGGCAAAGUCUCCGGUACGGAUACACCCAAACGCAUCCGAGACACCCGCGGUGGCAUUCUCGACCUUCUCCAACCCCAUCCAAGAGAAGGGAUACAUCUACGCCGAUAACAAUGGCAGCAUCCGCAUCGCUGCCCUCCCCGAUAGCUUCACCUUUGACAACAAAUGGUCAUCCCGCACAGUCCCAAUAGGCAGAAACGUCCACGCCGUCGAUUACCACCCCAAAUCCCAAACCUACAUCAUCGCCACCUCCGAAAAUAUCCCCUUCGAACUCGUCAACGAAGACAGCGAACCCGCCGUCGAAUUUGACAAAGAAAGUCAAUUCCUCCCAGACACCCAACACGGUGAUCUAUGUCUCGUGUCACCCCACACCUGGUCCGUUAUCUACCGCCACGAGUUCGCGCCGAAUGAGUUUGCGUUGAGUGUGAAGACUGUUGAUCUCGAGAUCUCGGAAGUGACGAAGAAGAGGGCGCAGUAUAUUGCGGUCGGGACGGGGAUGUUUAGGGGUGAGGAUUUGGCGAUGAGAGGGACGGUUUAUUUGUUUGAGGUGAUUGAUGUUAAUCCUGAACCCGGAAAGCCAGAGACGAAUAAGGCGUUGAGGUUGAUCUGGUCUGAGGAGGUCAAAGGAGCGGUAUCGGUCGUGUGCGAUAUCAACGGGUAUCUGUUGGCGUCGCAAGGGCAGAAAGUCAUCGUCCGCGGGUUUGAUGAGGGCAAUGAUCGUCUCGUUGGUGUUGCCUUUGUUGAUCUGCACAUGUACGUCUCCAUUGCCAAAACCCUGAAGAACAUGCUCUUGUUUGGUGAUAUUGCGAAGAGUAUCUCGUUCGUCGGGUUCUCUGAGAACCCUUACAAGAUGACCACGUUCGGGAAGGACUCUGAAGCACUGGAAACCGUCGCAGGUGACUUCAUCGUCAAGGGCAGCGCUUUACGCUUCGUCAUUGCAGACGGCCACGGAAACGCCCACAUCUUCCAAUACGAUCCCGAAAGUCCGCAAUCAUUGGCAGGCGAGAAGCUUUUGCGACGAGCAGAUAUCCAUAUCGGUCACCAGAUCAAGACGAUGAAGAUGCUGCCCAAAGCACUCCUCUCACGACCAGGAGGUGAGGAGGGUGUGGAGCAGUAUCUUUGCUUAGCAGGCACCCUCUCGGGAAACCUCGGCAUGGUGACCCCCAUCUCCGAACGCGCAUACCGUCGUCUCAACAUCCUCCAAGGUCAAAUCGCGACGACCGAGGAGUCCGUCGCCGGUUUGAACAACCGCGCCUACAGACUCUCCACCCAUGUCAGCCGCACAUCCAACGCCAUGCGCGGAGUCAUCGACGGAAGUUUGGUGUCGACCUUUGCGAGUAUGUCAACGACACGAAGAGCAGAGAUCGCGAAGAAAACGGGAGCUCGGAGUGAGAGGAUCCUGGAUGAUUUAUUGGAGUUGGAUCGUGCUUUGGGAUACUUUUAGACUUCUGAAAACAAAUAUCUAGCAUUGUAUUUUCCCGCGUACUUGAGGC